AUGGCCAACACGGAACAAGCACCGCAUCAGCACAAUUCGCAAUCACCAGUGGCUCCGAGUACUAUACAUGCGGGGCACGGAAGUGUUAUCCCGCAGAAGCGUGCCCUUGACGGAACUCAGUACCGACAGAAGUCAAAAGUGACCCGCGCAUGCGAUAUUUGCAAAGCAAAGAAGGCAAAAUGCUCGGGUGAGCAGCCAUGCAGAACGUGCGAUCGCCGAGGACUCGAUUGUCGAUAUGAGGCAGUCUACGCGCGAGGGAAGGCGCCAGCACCACGUCGUGUGCGGCAGAAUGUUGUGAACGUCGAUGCAUCGCAGUCAAUACCAGUCCAGCCAGCAGACGCUGCAAGGCCCACCCGUUCGCCUCCGAUCCUCAAUAGUGUUGAAAGGGGCAAUGCGCACCAACCCUUCCCAACUGGCAGCUCAAAAUCUAUCCCAGAAGCUCCCUCUCGAGGUUCGCCAGGUCUCGAAGUAGCAGGUCAAUACUCCGAUACGACUUCCGGACUUUCUUUCCUCCAUCGCGCAUGGCGACGGUUCUCCAAUGGCGAAAGCAGCCAGGUCAUGAGCGGUCAACUGGGCUCUGUCGAAGACAAUCAACUGCUCACUUGCGCUGGUGAUAAGCCAUUCCAGAGACCAGGUGAUGUUCGAAUACCACCGCUGGACCGAGGUCAUGAAUUACUCGGAUUAUACUUUGACGUCUGCAUUGCAACCUAUCGACUUCUCCACAGACCUACGGUCGAGUCGUGGUUCGAUACGGUGUCGAAUAACUUCACAUCAAGCCAGCCACUCUUCACGGGCCUCGGCUACGCGAAAACUUCAAUCGUGCUGUCUGUACUGGCUGUCGCUUGCAUACACGAAGAGAGGGCUAGAGGCGAGAGUGGCCUGUCGCCAGCUACUGGUGAUGCAGUACCAGCACAGAGUGACGAAAUCUUCUGCGAAGCACUUCGGUUGACAGAGACGGAGACUGGGUUCCCAAAGCUCGAAUCCGCUCAAGCGCGACUCAUCCAGGUGUUAUAUCUCUUGAUGUCAUCAAGGUUCAACCAGGCAUGGUAUGCUUUCGGCCAUGCAUUGCAAGUGUUAUCGGCUCUGGGCUUGCACAGACGUGAGGACCGCAAGCGUCCUUUACCAGCUUAUCGAAGAGACUACAUUGAGGAGCAAUGUAAAAGACGAACGUUUUGGGUGGCCUACACGCUAGACAAAUAUCUUGGAGUUAUCUUCGGGCGCCCGCGGCACUACCACGACGAUGACAUUGACCAAGACUUCCCGGACGCAGUCAACGACGAGGAUAUGACUUCCACUGGUCCAAGGGAGAGCGAUAACGACUGUCAUAUUGACUCUUUGAUUUCACAUGCCAAGCUUGCCCAGAUCGCCGAACGAAUCUCAAGGGAGGUUUACUCAAUCAAAGCGAUACCUGAUGAAGAGCGACUAGCUGCAGCUCACCGUCUGGGAGCAGAACUCCGGCAGUGGAGAUCGUCACUUCCUCCGUUCUUGGGUGCAAUCAACCCAAGCAGUCUCAUACCUAGUUUUCGCCGACAAGCCAUGGCUUUGCGAAUGUCGUACUCGCAUGCGGUUAUGCUUGCGCAUCGUCCAUUCUUGUUGAAGAACACCGUGCGUCACAGUGAGGAUUUGAGACGGCUCGCAAGAGAAAGCAUCACAGAGUGCAUCAAAGCUGCCCAGUCGGUAUUGGAAGCAGUCGAUCGUAUGGCUCGGGAGGGUCGCUUGUUCCAUGCUUUCUGGUGGACACAUUACGUCUGCUUCUGUGCAUUAGUAGUUGUCUAUGUCUGGGCCAUCCAAGAAAGCAACAACGAUCCUACUGUUGCUGAACGUCGGGAAAUCCUCGACCAGGCAGAGAAAUGCAUGAACCACCUCGCUCAGGCCACUGCGACUAACUCGCCAUCACGCAAAUACAGCAUCAUUCUACAGGAAUUGCGAACCGAGGCUAAGAGGAAGACUGCGAGAGCGAUGCAAGAGCCGAAUCAGAUUGUUACCUCCAUGGCUGCAAUCCCAACCGGACCUGAUGCACUCCGUGCACGGGUGAACAUGUCUGAUGAACAAUCAAUACAAGACGUAGCUGUUGCGCAGCUCUGGCAGCCGCUCUUUGGCAGUCCUAUUGACACGUCAACCCCUGGACUGCAAAACUUCCUGGACGGUUGGCAGACUACGGAUUGGCUCGAUCUGGACUCGUCGGCGUUUGCCUCUCUACCAAGUUAUAAUGAGCAGUCUUUGACCUGGAUGGGUGGUGUCUGA